CCGAUAUUCUUCAUUUUUUAAUCUAUUGAACCUAAACCUUUACAAAACUCUAGUACUCUCUCUCUUCGGUCUCCGUGCCUAGGUUCGUCUCGGACGCCGUCAAUCUCAAAAAAUUCUGGUUUUGCCGUUCGUCGCUAACACGACGCGUCAUUUGUCUCGUUGUUUGUCUAACUACGCGGAAGGUUUGGAAAUUCGCUUGCUUCUAAGUUAUUUUCGAUCUUCUGGUGAAGAUAAGAAGCUCCAAACCAAAGGCGGAGACUUUGGAUCCACCCUCUGUGCUCAUCAGAUCCUCGUUGUUAAACCCGCCGUUCUGUAACAGUUGGUUCAUCCGGAUAUUGAAACUCUGCCCAAAUUGCCCCGCGAGAAUAUUCAGAGGAUGUAUUGAUGUUCGCUUUAGGUUACGCCGAAGGAAUUGCUAAUCGAUUUCUCACGAAUCCCAGAUGGACCUCUGGACUCUUCCUGCUUAACCAUCAGUUCCCUAAUUACUCCCUUUAUGCAAAGCAGAGACCCUUUGCAGAAGUUCCAUAUGAAUCAGCUUCUUUCGAGCUUUUACGAGCGUCGAGGCAAAAUGUAUCUGUGUAUAACAGACGUUACAUGAGUAAUUCGACGAUAGAACUAAGAACAGAUAAUAAUGUGGUGAGGUUUUCUCUCAACAAUCUCCCUGACAAGAACAGUGUGCCUAUGAGAAAAGAGAAGAUAUGGAAACAGGCUAAAUGGUCGAGAAAGGAUAAAGUGAAUGAGUUAAGGUUCUACCGUCUAAAGGCCAAAAAGAAGAUAAAUUCUCCAAACCCUGAAGUCAGGAUUCGAUACAAGCUCGAAAAGGCCAAAAGAAAAGAAGAAUGGUUGAUUGAGAAACUGAGGAAAUACGAUGUCCUAAAGUCACCAGCGGAGCCCUAUGAUCCAGAGAUUUUGACAGAGGAAGAGCAGCAUUACCUAAAACGUACAGGUGAAAAGAGAAAGAACUUUGUACUUGUAGGGAGACGAGGAGUGUUUGGAGGUGUGGUUCUCAAUAUGCACCUCCAUUGGAAAAAGCACGAGACUGUUAAAGUUAUUUGCAAGCCCUGCAACAAACCAGGGCAGAUUCAUGAGUACGCACAAGAGCUUGCUCGGCUAAGCAAGGGCAUUGCUUUGGAGAAAUAUCGCUAUGAGCAAUCGCUUGAACAUACGAGCGAGUUUAUAGAAAAGUUGGAGACAGAGCUUGAGGAGUACCAGAAGUAUGUUGCUCGGUACAAGAAUAAGAAAGAUGAAGAAUGGGAGAAGAAGAAAGAGGCAGCUUCGUAGCAAAGUUUUUUUCAAUUGCAGCCCAAAAUAACUACUUUCAUUCGUGUCUAAUAAUGUAUGUGUAUGUUUGCGUCUUGUGUAUACUGUAUGUAUAUUUUUUUUGACGUCAAACGUGUGUUUCAUAUUACAAAAGAAUUUGUUAACACAGUAAUUACUUACUCGGUGGUGGUGGAGUUGGAUGAAGGUACUUUUCCAGUUUUCUAUUAUAUUGGAUGAAGUUUUAU